AGAUAGUGAAACCUGUUUUCUGUUUGUCGCAUGUAAAAAUCGUUGCUUAUUUUGAACUAGUCAUAGAGUAUGAUUUUUUCUGUGUGCAAAGUUGAAUAGUCCAUCAACAUUUAUAUUUGGAAAUGUCAAUCAUAUAUUUCUGUGUGGCAUUUUGAAGUUUCAACCCCCUGAUCAGGGUUGUGGGUGGGCGAGAGAGAUUUUCUGAAUAAAGUAGGAUCUACUCUGGAUUAAGAAAUUAUCAGCUAGCUAGCAACACUGGUCAGAAGUAGUUUUAUUAUUUUUUAAACUAUAGUUUAAUUGAACUUGCAGAAUUUAGAUUUGGUGUAUAUUUAUUAUCUUAUUUUGUGAGAGUUUUGGUGUAAUUGGUCUUUUCCUUGCUUUUUAUGGCUUCUUGUACUUACAGUGGUAACUCGAGAAAAUAAUAGUUUAGGUUUCGUUCUAUUUGCGCUUUGACAAUUUCUAACUACUGUAGGGUUUCAACCCCAUAUUGGUGAGGUACUCUUCAACAGUCUUCCGAGAAGGAAGUAGAACUGUUAGGGGAAAGAAAUGUCUUUCUCUGUGGUUACCAUCCUACCAAGUUGCCAGGAGAGGAGUCAGCAACGUGCAGGGAGAUAUGUUGCUUUGAAAAUCAUGUACUUUGGCCAGAGGUUUUAUGGUUUUGCCUCUGAGGCUCAGAUAGAUCCAACUAUUGAGUCUGAAAUUUUCAAAGCGCUAGAGAGGACAAAGCUUGUAAUUGGCACUAAAGAGGAUUCAAGAUACUCGAGAUGUGGCAGAACUGACAAGGGAGUUUCAUCUACUGGCCAAGUAAUUUCUUUAUAUUUAAGAUCAAACCUCAAGGACACUGGAGGGUAUACGAAGAACCACACCACCACCUUGGAAGUAAGAGGUGAAAUUGAUUAUGUAAGGGUGUUGAAUAGAGUUCUCCCGGGGGAUAUACGAGUGAUAGGCUGGUGUCCUGUUCCAACAGAUUUUCACUCAAGGUUCAGCUGUCUCAGCAGGGAAUAUAGAUACCUUUUCUGGAAAGGAAAUUUGGAUGUAUCGGCAAUGCAGCAAGCUGCUAUGAAGUUCAUUGGGGAAUAUGACUUCAGAAAUUUCUGUAAGAUGGAUGCAGCAAAUGUGAAUAACUAUAGGCGACGAAUCACAUUCUUUGAUAUCUCUUCUUUAGAUAGGAGGUCCAUUGAUGUUGAUGAACUAUGGGCAGUGACAAUCAAGGGUAGUGCAUUUUUGUGGCAUCAAGUCCGGUGCAUGGUUGCAGUGUUAUUUAUGGUUGGUCAUGGUUUUGAGUCACCUGACGUUAUCGAUGUACUACUGGAUACCAAGAAGACCCCUAGAAAACCUCAAUACAACAUGGCCCCAGAGCUUCCCUUGAUAUUGCGGUUUUGUGAAUUUGAAGAUCUUGAAUUUAUUUGUUCAUCAGAGGCCAGGCGAACUUUGCAUGAACACUUGAAGAAUGAAGUCCAAAGACACAUGCUUCAGGCGGCCAUCUUCAAUGAGGCCCUAAGCUGUUUAUCGACUGCUAGUGGGCAUGAAUUUUCAUUGUAUUCUGGCCAAAUUUUUACAUGCGCCUUCGGGAAGGAAGAAUCUGCAGGACAAAGUUCAGAAUUUUCGAGGAAGAACAAAUGUCACAUUCCUCUGCUGCGCCGUGCAACCGAGCCCUCAUACGAGGAACGACGAGCCAAGUUGGACAUGAAAGCUAGUCGUAAGAGCUGAAUGAGGCCGUCUGUUGCGAUUCAGUGGAAAUGUGGCAGUGUUGACUUGAUCGCAAGGGGGAGCUUGCUUCAAGUUUUGGAAGAACCAGCCAAGCUUGUACAACGAGAAAUAUGUUUUAGCUGUAUCAAACAAUCUGAUUAGAACACUUGAGAAAUGGAACAUGAGAGCUUAUUCAUUGAGAAAGAUGUUUUUUCUA